AUGCCAACAAAAAGGGAAUCUGACGACAUUGCCCAGCUUGUCAUCGACAAGCUCGAGAAAAGCAGUCAAUUAAAAAAGUUUGUACAAGAUGCGGUUACGGAGGCAAUGUCUGCAAUCAUCACCCGGCUAGAGAUGCAGGAGGGCCAGAUCAUGGAGCUUGAGGGGAGGAUAAAGGCCCAGGAGUCAGAGAUACAGCUACAUAAGGAGGCGGAAAAGAAAUCUGUGGAAAAGGUGGCAGUCUUAGAGCAAAGAAUUGAUGACCUGGAGCAAAAAUCCAGGUCACGCAACAUCAGGAUCCAAGGAGUUCCAGAGGUGAAAGAUGAAGAUCCAGAGGAGGCUGUCAUUGACAUUGGCAGGAGGAUGGGGGUCAACGUGACUUCAUCCGACUUUGUCCGAUGUCAUCGACUGGGUCCUCUAGUAGACAAGGGAGCAAGAAGAAGUUCUCCUCGUCAACUGCUAGUGGAGUUUUCCAGCCUCCGCACCCGAGCUCGUAUUAUGGGAGCCAGAUCAAAGUUGAAGGGUUCAAAAAUCUUUGUUAAUGAUGAUCUGACUCCCACAAGACAGAAGCUUCUUUUCAAUGUUCGUCACUCACCGAAAGUUGAGCGGUCUUGGAGCAACGAUGGAAAAAUUUUCGCUGGACUUAAGAACACCGGAGGCGGACUUACGAAAAAACUCAUCACAUGUGAUGAUGAUAUUUUGAAGCUUUGA